CCGCUCUCUUGAUUCUUCCUCUUCUGUCUCAAUCUCCUACUCUCUUGCUAUAGCUAUGACGAAUUCCACCCAUACGGUGAAUUUCUCUACCCCGAGAGGGUUUUCGACUACCUUCAAAUCUGAUUGCAAAGAAACCUUCUUCCCUGACGAUCCGUUUCGUAAGUUAAAGGAUGGCAAGCCUUUGGUUAGAGCCAAGAAGGCAAUCCAAUACUUCAUCCCAUUGUUUGAGUGGUUACCCAAAUACAAUCUAAGGUUGCUUAGAUAUGAUUUGCUUGCUGGUAUCACCAUUACUAGCCUUGCAAUCCCUCAAGGAAUCAGCUAUGCAAAACUCGGUGAUCUUCCUUCCAUUAUCGGCCUCUAUUCGAGCUUUAUACCGCCUUUUGUUUAUGCCAUCUUCGGGAGUUCAAAGCACCUUGCGGUGGGAACAGUGGCAGCAUGCUCAUUGCUUAUAUCUGAAACCAUUGGAGCCAAAGUAUCACCAAAAGAUGAUCCCACAUUGUAUCUUCACUUAGUUUACACAGCCACUUUCUUCACCGGAAUUUUCCAGACAGCUUUAGGCUUUUUGAGGCUGGGAAUUUUGGUGGAUUUCUUAUCACAUUCUACAAUCACUGGUUUCAUGGGAGGGACUGCCAUCAUAAUUUGCCUGCAACAAUUGAAGGGCGUCUUUGGUUUAAAGCAUUUCACAACUCACACUGAUGUGGUUUCGGUUCUGCAUACAAUUUUCAGCAACAGAAAAGAGUGGAGGUGGCAGAGUGCUGUUGUGGGUAUAAUCUUCCUUUGUUUCCUCCAAUUCACUCGAUACCUGAGGCAAAGAAAACCAAAGCUAUUUUGGGUAUCAGCUAUGGCUCCAAUGGUCGUUGUUGUGGUUGGUUGUCUUUUUGCAUUUUUUGCCCACGCAGAGAAACAUGGAAUCCAAAUUGUUGGUGACUUGAAGAAGGGACUAAAUCCUCCCUCUAUUCAAUAUUUGAACUUCGAUCGCCGCUAUCUUCCAGUAACUGUGCGGGCUGGUCUUGUCACUGGGCUUAUUGCAAUGGCUGAAGGGAUAGCAAUAGGACGGAGCUUCGCCAUAAUGCAAAAUGACCAAACUGAUGGGAACAAGGAAAUGAUAGCCUUUGGUUUCAUGAACAUUAUUGGAUCUUUCACUUCGUGCUACUUGACAACAGGGCCAUUCUCAAAAACAGCUGUGAACUUCAACGCUGGGUGCAGGACAGCAAUGUCCAAUGUAGUCAUGGGAUUUUGCAUGAUGUUAACACUGCUGUUCUUGGCUCCUCUCUUCAGUUAUACACCUCUGGUAGCCCUAUCUGCUAUUAUCAUGUCUGCAAUGUUUGGAUUAAUCAACUACGAGGAGAUGAUUCACCUCUUUAAAGUUGACAAAUUCGAUUUUUGCAUCUGCAUGGCGGCCUUCCUUGGUGUUAGUUUCAUAAGCAUGGACGUCGGGCUCAUGCUUUCUGUGGGACUUGCUUUACUAAGAGCACUUUUGUACGUGGCAAGGCCCGCUUCCUGUAAGCUAGGAAAAAUUCCAAACUCAUAUUUGUACCGAGACACAGAGCAAUAUCCGGGUUCAACAACGAUGCAAGGAAUUCUUGUUCUUCAACUUGGUUCCCCAAUUUAUUUUGCAAAUUGCUCCUAUAUAAAAGAAAGGAUUCUGAGAUAUAUUCAGGAGGAACAAGGCAUUUCAGAUUCUAAAAGUGAUGUUAUUGAGCAUCUUUUACUGGACUUAUCAGGAGUUUCAUCCAUUGACGUGACAGGGAUUGAAACAUUUACCGAACUACGUAGAAUCUUGGAAGGAAAGCAUAUCAAGUUAGCAAUAAUAAACCCCAGGAUUGAAGUUCUAGAGAAAAUGACAUUAGCGAAAUUCGUAGAUGCCAUUGGCAAGGAAUCUUUCUUCUUGUCUGUUGAAGAUGCAAUCCAAAGCCGUCAAUUUUCACUUGGUAGUAAUGUGAAAGAAACGGAAGGAUCCUCAAACAAUGAAGACGCUGCUUAAAAUAUACUGGUUUUAUGCCUAUUAAUCAUCGAUUAGCUGCAUAAAUCCAUGGCAGUUUUCCAGGUCCCGAUUUCGACAAAAAAGGGGUUAAUGAUAUGAGGAUGCAGUUAUGUUUUUUUCUGUUUACUGGCGGGGAAAACAAAGAAAAAGGUGCCAUAUUCAUUUAACAGAGGAUUAUCUCGUGAAUUUCUCUCAUGCUAGUGUGAUUGAAGUAGGCCAAGUUGUUGGUAUGUAAAUGAUGAGAGAUUCAAGAGACAAUCCUCUGUUAAAUGAAUAUGAUCAUUUUUGUAUCUCCCUCUUCUUCUUUUUCACGUUUUUCCGUCUCUUCAGCUUGUAAUUUGAUCAUAUUUUUGAGUUAGAGGAUGUAGCUCAUGUAAAUGUACCGUGCUAAUAAAGAUCAACCAGAUCCUUUCUUUUAAU